CGGCAGUCGCUCGCUAUCGUUCGGGUUCUCUACACGGUCUCUUGUGCGCUCAUCGGCUCGGCUCUUCCGCGCGGCUAACGGGGGUGGCCGCUUCAGUGUGUCUGCUUUGCAACAUUUGAAAUAGUUUUCUUUUGGAGAUUUUUCUGAGCUCCCGUCCGUGGAAGAUCAAACAACCUACGUUUGUGAUAUAAAAAGAAAAACAGCACCGAUUGGAGUGAGUUGGCACCGUAUGUGAGUGGAAAAUAAGCCAGGUGGACAGAAAAGCACCGCAUACACAGUUCAUAUCAACAUAGUAGAAACGCACGUAUCUAGGAAGGUUCAUAUCAUUCUACAAACAAAGAGAACGGAUAAAAUCAACUCCAAAAAACUUCUAGUUAGCGAGAGAAAGAGCUGGUGUAAUAGCAACGAGAGCAAACUAGGAAAAGAAAUAAGAAAACAAAUCAAAACAUAAGGCAGCCAAAAAGCGUGUGUGCAGUGUGUCGAAAUUAAAUAAGUGGUGUGGUGUGACCAGAAACAAAUAGGCCGAGAGUUUUCAUCGGAUGUCAACUUAGUUCCCGUGAUUGGACACCGAAUAAAACAACAAACGAGAAAUUCAUACUGAGCUUGCUUAACUUUACAAGCAGAGUUUUAACGGAUGACAACUAACGACAGCAAUUAAAAGAAUCGGUAACAACGUAUCGUGUGGGAUCACAGAAGAUGACGUGCAGUUGAACCGCAUCGUUUAAUCGCUAGAAAGAGAAAAGCUGGUCGACGGGGGCUGGACAAUCCGAAACGAAAAAAACCGCAGCCAGAACCAGAAUGGUAGUCUGCAAGUGAACUUCGAUUCGAUUCACAGUGGAGUACGCUGCAGCCUGCUUGGAUGCACCACAACAACAUCUGUUGUUUCACAAAAAUCUAGGGAGUGCACACUUGGAAGCAAUCUAGCAACCUCGUACUUUAGAGCGCACACUUUCACAACCGCAAAGUCACAAUGGGGUUGAUAGGCCGCCGAAGGUUGUCCUUUUUGAAGAUCAUCGCAGUAUUGGCGGUGGUGUGGUUUAUGGUGAUGUUUAUGUUCUACUCGGACGACGGAAGUGGAAGCAGUCGAUCGGUGGUUCCGAGUGCGAGUGGAGGAAGUGGAUACGAGGCACCUAGGAGGUUACCGCUGCAAGGUAUCCGGGAUAAGUUUAGUCAGUUUAUCAUUAAUGCCAGAGAAGAUGCCAACAAGGAUGAAAUAGCCGAGGCGGAGGAUGGAGGAAUAGCCGAUUACGUGGAUAAUAAAGUGAUCGACGAUGAUGUGCCAGUUAAGCAGGAGAAUACCAAGAAGAUACCGCCGAAGAGCAAAAAGCGGAAGGAUAAUAUGGCAGAAUACGAAGGAGUGAUAGCGCCACCACACGAGGACAGCCCUGACGCACCGGGUGCCAUGGGAAAAGCUGUGGUUCUACCCAAAGAAAUGUCCCCUGAAAUGAAGAAAGCCGUCGACGAUGGUUGGUCCAAGAACGCCUUCAACCAGUACGCAGCCGAUCUUAUCUCGAUCCGACGCAGCCUUCCAGAUCCCCGGGACGCCUGGUGCAAAGAACCGGGUCGAUAUCUGACAGAUUUGCCGGCUACAUCCGUCAUCAUUUGCUUCCACAACGAAGCGUGGUCCGUUUUGCUGCGAACCGUUCACUCGGUUCUGGAUCGAUCGCCGGACCAUCUCAUCAAGGAAGUCGUCCUGGUGGACGACUUUUCAGAUAUGCCUCACACACAAAAACAGCUGGAGGAAUAUUUUGAAGCGUACCCCAAGGUGAAGAUCAUCCGGGCACCCAAACGAGAGGGUUUGAUCCGAGCUCGAUUGCUUGGAGCUCGUUACGCCACUGCUCCUGUGUUGACCUAUCUGGAUUCCCAUUGUGAAUGUACUACUGGAUGGUUGGAACCUCUACUGGAUCGAAUUGCACGGAACUCGACUACGGUUGUCUGUCCAGUAAUCGACGUCAUUGAUGACAACACGAUGGAGUAUCACUACCGAGAUUCAGGCGGUGUCAACGUCGGUGGAUUCGAUUGGAAUCUGCAGUUUAACUGGCACGCGGUACCCGAACGAGAGAAGAAACGUCACAAGAGUACCGCUGAACCAGUUUACUCACCAACAAUGGCUGGAGGUCUGUUCGCCAUCGAUAAAGAGUUCUUUGAAAGGUUAGGUACUUACGAUUCCGGCUUCGAUAUAUGGGGAGGUGAGAACUUGGAGCUGUCAUUCAAAUCCUGGAUGUGUGGCGGAACCCUCGAGAUCGUUCCUUGUUCUCAUGUCGGGCACAUCUUCCGGAAACGUUCACCGUAUAAGUGGCGUUCGGGAGUAAAUGUGAUCAAACGAAACUCAGUUCGGUUAGCUGAGGUGUGGUUGGACGAGUAUGCCAAGUACUACUAUCAGCGCAUCGGCAACGACAAAGGGGACUACGGAGAUGUGUCAUCGCGCAAGCAGCUCCGCGAAGAUCUAGGUUGUAAGUCGUUCAAGUGGUACCUGGACAAUAUCUUCCCGGAGCUGUUCAUUCCGGGCGAGGCCGUCGCUUCAGGAGAGGUUGCGAACCCGUGGUCAGGUUUGUGUAUUGAUUCGGCGGCCAAGCCCGAGGAUAUGCAUACACCGCUUGGCGUUUGGCCUUGCCACCAAGCCGGCGGUAAUCAGCGUCAUGUUGCCGCUAUUGGUUCUACAGAUUCCCAAUACUGGAUGCUGAGCAAAACGGGCGAAAUUCGUCGGGACGAGGCCUGCCUGGAUUACGCCGGGCAGGAGGUCAUCCUGUAUCCGUGCCACGGUUCCAAGGGCAACCAGUACUGGAACUACUCGCAGUCCUCCCGGCUGCUUCGCCACGGUUCCUCGGACAAGUGUCUGGCCAUCAACGACACCAAGCAGAAGCUGAUGAUGGUCGAGUGCAAUUCGGCCGUCGAGGCGCAGAAGUGGAAUUUCCAGAACUACGAUCCUAGCAAGCUGUGAAUCAGUCGGCGGUGAACGGAGCGAGCGAGAGCGAGAGAUGAAAGAAUGACUGCGAAAAUAGCCAAUCAUAAUACUACAACACAAGAAAAUGUGAGAGAGAAGUACUAUAUUACAAAAUGAGUAAUAGAUGGAUACGUGAGUAGCAUCUUAAAAAAAAAACAAAAACAAAAUGGCAAUAGGGGCCGUUUCCUAAAAAAGUUAAGAGAAAAAAAAUGGAACAGUCUUAAGCGAUACAAGAGUAGUAGAAUGAAAAAAAAAACUGUAGUUAGAGGAAUGAUUUUAAUGUGAUUUUAUGGUUUAAAUUAUUAUUUAAUGCAAAAAAAAAAACAUAUCGUCGAAUCGGAUUUUCCCGAACGAUGAAACUGAGGCGAGAUGAAAAGAAUAUGUAAUUGUAGCAAUUACAUUGAAACAAAACGCAUGAGAAAAAACACAAAAAAUCUAAGAAAAAAAAAGUAACAAUUCCAUUUAUAUAUUCCAAUCAUCUGUCUUAAGGAAUGUGUUAUAGUGAGUACGAAAACUGCCAUAUCUUUCCGAGAGAAAAGCAUGAAAAAAAUGAAACAACACAAAAACAAACAAAAAAAAAACAACCAAACAAUGACGGACGUUAACGUUUUACCUUCUUACUUGUGUACAUUCGAAAAAGACUGGGAUUAAUCACACUCUUCCCGUAGUAGAACAAAAAAAAAACAAACUUGUGUUAAAAUUGUCCUAACCAGCCGUCUGAUUCUGAGUAGACAAACAAGAUUUCAAACCAACCGAGACUUACUACUUACUUUAAACUGGGUAGACUUACUUAAAAACUUGAUUUUAAGGGAAACAAUUGGAGAAAGAUACUGAUUCGACUGCGGAAACUGUCGGUGGAUUACGGGGCAUCGUAAAUGAAGAGUUAAAGAUUGUUGCUUAUCCAAAAAUAUAGAGCAUUAACUGAACAGUUCCGGAGAAAAAAAAGGCUCACAGAGUUCGAAUAAUUGAUUCAAUUUCAAAUUCAAAUACCUAAUGAUUCUUGAUUGGUCAUCACUGUGGAGAUGAGAUAAAGAAUGUACAGAAUAAAAUUUAAAGUUGUAAAAGAAAAUAAAACAACUAUGUGGCAACACUGAAAUAGAUGCUUCAAAAUGUAAACAAAAACACAAAUCAGUUAAUGGUAUAAUUUUGUGAGUGGCGGACUUUUUCAAGCGAGAUUCUAAAUUAUUGUGAGAUUCAAGACAAUAGCUUAGUUGGUACGAUGAACGUAGAUAUUUUAGGUUGCAGCUUAGUUUGAUUUGGAAGGAUGCCAAUUCCGGUAAAUAAGACGGACUGAAGAAGCGCAGAUUAGAAAGUUUGCUGCAUUGCCUGCUUUGAAAAGAUGCCAAUUCAGGUAAAUAAGACGUACAGAAGAGGCGUAAAUUGGAAAGCUCCUGCUUUGUUUGAUUUAGACGGACUGAAGAAGCGAAGAUUAGGAAGUCUGGUGCUUUGUCUGUUUUGAAAGGAUGCCAAUAAAUAAGGCAGACUGGAUGCCGAUAAAUAAGACGGAGUCAAAAGGCGCAAAUUAGAAAGGCUCCUGCUUCGUUUGAUUCAGACGGAUUGAAGAAGCGCAGAUUAGGAAGUCUACUGCUUUGUCAGUUUUGAGAUGAUUCCAGUUCUGCUAAAUAAGACGGACUGAAAAGCGCAAAUUAUAAGGCUUCUGCUUUGAAUGAUUCAGACGGACUGAAGAAACGCGGAUAAGGAAGUCUGCUACAUUACCUGUUUUGAGAAGAUGCCAAUUCCGGUAAAUAAGACAGACUGAAGAAGUGCAGAUUAGAAAGUCGGUUGCUUUAUCAGUUUUUCAAGGAUGCCCUGUCUUGAAAAAGACGGACUGAAGAAGCGCAGAUAAGAAAGUUUGCUGCAUUUCCUGUUUUGAAAGGAUGCCGAUUCCGGUAAAUAAGACGGACUGAUAAAGCGCAGAUUAGAAAGUCUGCUGCUUUGUCAGUUUUGAGAUGAUGCCAAUUCCGGUAAAUAAGACGGACUGAAGAGGCGCAAAUUGGGAAGGCUCCUGCUUUGUUUGAUUUAGACGGACUGAAGAAGCGCAAACUAGGAAGUCUGUUGCUUCGUCAGUUUUGAAAGGAUCACAGGUCCGGUAAAUAAGACGGAUUGAAAAAGGGCACAUUAGGAAGUUUGCUGCUUUGUCAGAUUUGAAAGGAUGCCAAAUCCAGUAAAUAAGACGGACUGAAGGCGAAAAUUUGGAAGGCUCCUGCUUUUUUUUAUUUCGACGGAUUGAAGAAGCGCAGAUUAGGAAAACUUCUGCAUUGCCUGUUUCGAAAGGAUGCCGAUUCCGGUAAAUAAGACGGACUGAAGAAUCGCAGAUAUGGAAGUCUGAUACUUGCCUGUUUUGAAAAGAUGACAGUUCCGGCAAAUUAGCCGGCUUCAAGAAGCGCAGAUUUGAAAGUCUCCUGUUUUGUCAGUUUUUAAAGGAUUCCAAUUCCGGUGAAUAAGACGGACUGAAGAGGUGCAAAUUGGAAAGGCUUCUGCUUUGUAUGAUUCAGACGAAUUGAAGAAGCGCAGAAUAGGAAGUCUGCUGCUUUGUCAGUUUUGAAAGAUGCCAGUUCCGGUAAAUAAGACAGACUCAAGAAGCAUAGAUUAGAAAGUCUGCUGCUUUUUAUGAUUUAGACGGACUGAAGAAGCGCAGAUUCGAAAGUCUGCUGCUUUGUCAGUUUUGAAAGGAUACCAAUUCCAGUAAAUAAGACAAACUGAAGAGGCGCAAAUUAGAAAGUCUUCUGCUUCUUCUGUUCCGCUGAAGAAGACGGACUGCAAAGGCGCAAAUUGGAAAGGCUCCUACUUUGUUUGAUUUAGAAGGACUGUAGAAGUGCAGAUUAGGAAGUCUUCUGCAUUGCUUGUUUUGAAAUGAUGCCAUUUUCGAUCAAUAAGACGGACUGAAGGGCGCAGAUUGGAAAGGUUUUUAACGGACUGAAGAAGCGCAGAUAAGGAAGUCUUCUGUAUUGCCUGUUUUAAAAGGAUGCCAGUUCCGGUAAAUAAGACGGACUGGAGAGGCGCAGAUUGGAAAGUCUGCUGCUUUGUCUUGAGAUGAUGCCAGUUCCUGUAUAAAAGAUGAACUGAAGAGGAGCAAAUUGGAAAGGCUUUUUUUAAUUGAUACGGACUGAAGAAGUGUAGAUUAAGAAGUCUGCUUCAUUGUCAAUUUUGAAAGAAUGACAAUUCCGGUAAAAAAAGGACUGACGAAGCGCAGAUUAGAAAGUCUGCUGCUUUUUCAUUUUUGAAAGGAUGCCAAUUCCGGUAAAUAAGACGGACUGAAGAGGCGCAAAUUGGAAGUGCUCCUGCUUUGUUUGAUUUAGACAAACUAAAGAAGCGCAGAUUUGGAAGUCUGCUGCAUUGCCUGUUUUGAAAGCAUGCCAAUUCCGGUGAAUAAGACGGACCGAAGUGGAGCAAAUUGGAAAGGCUGGUGAACAAAACGGACUGAAAAGCGCAGAUUUGAAAAGAGGCUUGUUUUUAAAAUGAUUCCAGUUCCGGUAAAUUUUUGUUAUGAAUUAUUUUUUUAUUUUAAAAUUAUAGUUUAUUUAGAAAAAAAACUCUCAGUAGGUGCAGAUAUUUUAGAAAAGAGUUAUGUUUGGCUACCAUGAAAAAAGUAUAAAUUUUAACCGAUAAAUAAAGUUAUCAAAAUUACUUACUUCUUAAAGUGGAUGAACUGUUGCUUACUAAAAUUCAAGAUGAUUCGCUUGGAACUCUACCUCUACAUUCAAAACUGGAAUUCUGGUUCUGAUUCUGUUAGACGGAAUAAAAAAAACUCGUUCAAAUCUGCAUUUCAAGAGUUUGAAAUGGAAUUGGUUUUUUUUUUUAAUUAAUCAUAAGAAUUUCAUCAUUUUAUUCCAAACUUGAAAAAUGUUUAGAAUUCAAAUAUUUUAUGUCCCACUUUUUUAAGAGGUGGUUACUUGGAAAGGAAAUCUUUUUUGAAAUCCGAUUUCCGGAACCAUAAACUGGUCUGAAAUGAACGAAAAAUAAGAAAAAAAUAGCGAUUUGAUUUUACUUGAAUCUUUAAAUACAUUCCUGAAAAGCUGUUAACUCAAGCUUAAGAAUGAUGAAGAAACUUGCUCAUGUUUGUAAAAGUUUGAAAUACAAGUUUUUUUUGAUCAAUUUAUGCCUAUUUUCUUUUCCAAGUUUCUAACAAUUUGGCAGUAGGCGAUGAGAGCUUUUGUUUUGAAUUCUAUUGGCACUGUUACCAGUGCCUCCUUUGAUCUAAAUUUUACAUGAUUUGAACUUUUACUAAAAAUCUGAUAAAAUUUAGUUCUAGUAAAAACCUCUACUUUGAUGGACUCAAUAGACUUGAAUAUGACUCUUUUUAGAAAAAAAAAGACCAAAAAAAUCUUCAUGUUAUUUGUUUUACGCGCUUGUGUUUCAGAAAACUAACACAAUUAAAAAUUUCCUUUCUACUGUCACAAAGAUUUGAUAAAAAUCUCCAAGAACUGUUCCAUGCUUGAUAACUUUCAUCACUUGGAAAUUUUCAAACAGUGUCUUUUGUUUGAAAACUCUUGGUUCUACUUGUUCAAAAACUUCGUGACAAAAAAAAACAUUCAUAAGUUUUGACGUCUUAAGUCUUAUCCGGUAAAAUAAGUUUGACUUUUAGAUAAGUAUAAACAUGUCAACAUUGAUUUUAAUUCAAUUUAAAGAAAAAGUUUACCAAAACAGUUAACUCUUCUUUUUCGAUGCGACUCAAAAUCUUCGAACAAAAAGCAGUCAAAUCAAUCUAAUGUAAAUCCGUAGCAUUAUGUUUGAAAACCAUGAAACGCAACUCACUGAACUCAAUCUAUUGUGUAUGGGUAUUUAGUAUUCGAUAAUUGCGAACCAAACUCCCUCGUGCAUUAGACGAAGAUUUACGAGAGAUUUCCAUUGAACUUGAUAGACUCUUUAUCGGUCCCAAAUCAAUCCACACAACAGGAACAUUCCAGAAACUACGUACUAUUUACUAGCAAUUAUUUAGCAACAUCACACGGACAGAAAUAGGUAUUAUUGAAACAUAUCACUAGACAAGGACGUGUGGAAAAAUAGAACAGUAAUUUCCACGACCCCACUUUAGAAUUUUCAAUAGCGAUUAUCGAAGGAGGCUUAAUUUUCCUCCAUUUUGUUUUCCUCACUCAACGAUUUAUUCCAAUUUUUACAAACAAACAAACACAGCAACAAUAUAUCAGACAUAUCUUGAAAGUUAUCGACCGUAAAACGAGUAACUCUUCCCUCAAUUAGUUGUUUUUUUUAAACGAUCUACCGUUAGUAGAAACUAAUUAUAGAAAAAAAAAACAUAUACUUAAAGAAGAUAAACUUUACUAUGAGAGACUAUUGAACUGUUUAUGUAUUAUCGCUUACUUCUAUACAUACUUACACUAGAUAUGUACUUCAUAUCAAAGUUAGGAUGAAUCGAUUACGAGACAAGGUUGAAUUUCGAUUACCUACACACUUAUCGUUUUUUGUACGCCCUAGUUUUGUUUUCGUUUUAAUCGAUUUAAGAGAUAUGAAUGCUGAAAGCUGAAAGUUCAACUAACUUUAGCGAUAGAAGUUGUUUUUCUUUUCCGCGAGAUUUUUUUCUUCUUUUGUUUGUGAAUGAGACACUUUUUCGAGGAUGAAUGUUGUGAAUCCAAUCUUAUAGUAGGAAUGAAGGUUUAAGUAUAACAAAUGAAAACAGCAAAGCGUCAAAGCAUGAUUGAGCGUGUUUCUACAUGUGCCUUGUAAAUUAUUAUCACACAACUAAGCGCGAUUCUAUGUGAAUAGACAUAUUAAAUAUGAAACAAGAAAAUAUCAAUUGAAACAAAAACAAACAAAAAAUGAAGUUUAAAUUCAAACAAAAAAAAAAACAAUGUUACUUCUAAGUGAAAACGGAAACUCAACCGUGGUCUCUUCGAAAGUGUAAUAAAAGUUAUACAAUUGCUCCUGAUUCAACAAAACAAUCAACAAACAAACAAAAUCGAUUAGACAGAACUUUCUUUUUUCAAAUGAAAUAUAUAUCUCUUACUUCAAUGAUUUAUCACAAGGGUCGAGAAACUCCCCAAAUAUCAAUCCAACAAUUGUAAAUACACGGACAUAUCUUUUUUUUAGUUCUGUAAUGAAAUCUGAAAUGUAAUGAAAAUCUGAAACGAAGACAUAUUUGAAACAAAAUAGAUCAACAAACAACUAGGAAUCGUUCGCUGCAAUAAUAAUAAAUAAACGAUAACAUUAUGAAUGGGAUUAACAAAAAAAAAAUGAGAAGUCGGUAUGUGAAUUCUUGUAACAAAGCAAAAAUGAGAUGCAACAAAAAAAAAAAACUAAAACAAAACACAAAUGCAAUUUAGAUCGAUAGUGAUGAGAUACAAAUAUUGAUAAUAAAUAUUAUGUAAAAAUAAA